AUGUUACACAAGAAACUUGCAGAAUAUAACAGUGCCUUUGAAAAAAUCAUGGAAGAGCUUGAAGAGCCUGAAAAGCCAGAAGAUCCAAAGAGUUCUGCCCCGUCAACAACAGACGAAACCCCCAAAAAAAGUAGAGGGAGAUUAACUAUCAAAAAAGCCAGCAAGAUAGUAAAUAUGAAACAAACAACUGCUGGUGACUAUAUUUUGAAGUAG